AUGCGUGGCAGGAAACCCGUUUACGAUGCUGUUAAAAUUGGUUUCGAGCUUUAUUAAAAGUUGAUAUUCCCGUUGUUGUUCAUUAUAGAAGAGCUCGAUGAGUUUGCCGCUGAAGAUUGCGGAUCUAACGCGGAUGAAAUCGCAGCGAAUGAAGUAAAUGUAAGGAAAAAUAAUUUUUCAUUAAUUUACUGACUUUUAGAUUACGUCAUGGUUGAGCCCAGCUCCAACGCCGGCGCGUGGUUUGAACGUAUCAGGGACACGGAAAAGAAAGCAACAAACUGGAAAGUAGGUUUUUUCAUUACAUAUUUCAUUCAUAAAACGUUCUUCAAGAGUUGUGCAUAUGCUGCACAGACGACGUCAGCCACGACGAUCUUGUCGAGUCAAAAAUGAGAACAAAUAUUCUGAUGAAGAAGAAGAAACGGAGGAAUCGAAAGAAAUUGACUGUGAAACAAUGGACGAGACCGAAAGUGAACAUUUUUUUUUCUUCUGAAAAACUAAUUAUAUCUAGUCCUAGUUUUUUUGUAAAAAUUAAAAAAAUCAUAUUUCUGAAGACUAAACCACUAUUUUCAAGUUUCCGAUAUUGUUCUAAGCGGGGUGAUCAAUAAUAAAUUUUUCUGCUUGAUUAUUUCAAAAUUUUAUUUGAGAGAGUUGUCUUUCUUCAACAUGGAACUUAUCAAACUGUUCAACAUUUUUUUUCCAUAAAUUCAGACCUUUUUUUUGAGAUUACUUAAAAGCGUAGUAAAAUUCACGAGAGAACUUUCUAUCAGAUCAUCUAUUUCUCAAAAUUUCCUUCAAGGAGUCGGACCUUCUCGAGUUUUCGUCAAAAAUACCGGGGGAGACAUGCAUUUCGAAUGGCCGAUUUGGAGUAACGCGGCCAUUCAGCUGCAAAACGCGGCGACGAUCAUCGGUUCUGAAGCUUCCGAGGUUUUUUCUUCAGAAUUUGUUGAGCUUAAAGAAUAUUUUUUUUUCUUGAAAAUAUCGUGAAAACAAUAUCCGUCCAUUUCUUAUUUUGAACUUAUUGAAAAUGUGAAAUUUUUCUGAUCAUCAAGUUUUAUUCAACUUUUAAUUCAAUUUCAUGUUUUUAGGUCGAUUCUGAAAAAGUUUGCGAGACGAUUCCCCAAGAGUUCACGAACACUGGAACUUUUGUAGUUAGAUUGGCUUCGGACAAGGACGAGGUAUAACUAAGAAAUGACGAAAAAUAACCCAAACGUUUUGAGAUUUGGUCCGACGGAUUGGGAUCGUGGAACCUCGUCGAAUCGUCAACUCAGUUGGAAUAUCCCUUUUUUCGAUCUUAAUAUUCAGUUUUCAGUUAUUUCAACUUUGGCCAAUUGUAUCAAACUCCGUCUACAUCUUCACCCGAUGAUUCACGAUCAGUCGAGGUAUAAAUUUAAAAAAUGGAAAUAAAAAGAAAACCGUCGUACAAGAUUCCAAUCAAGAAGACGGACGAACUUUUUUUUACGAUGCCCAGAAAAUUUAGGAAAUUUUGAAAAUUCAUGGAUAAUGUUGAGGUUCUCUUCGAAAAGUUCGUCCACCCUGGCACCGACGAUCGCGGCGAAUUCAUCAGGCGGCUGUUCACAGGUGAAAAUCCUCGAGCGAACAAGAAGAAAAAAAACAAAGAAAAGUGCAUUUGGACCUCGAAAACAAAACUAUCGAACAAAGAUUUUAUUGAAAAACUGAUGAAUUUUCGGUAUUCGAUGGAAAAAAAUGUUUUUUAGAAUGUCAUUUCCGUCAUGAAAGGAUAGCGAUUUAGAACUUCAGAAAUCGAGACUAAGGUCGAUUCUAUUCAAGUAAAAUUGUUUUUCGAUCUAUUUUUUUUUUUCAACUUUUGGUGGAAUACAGCCGACGUAUGCUUGUUAUUUAAAUGAUACAGUCGUUGGUGAGAAAAAAAGCUCCUUUUAAAGGCGCAUAACUUUGCGUGAACAAAAUAGACACUUUAUACGGCUUUUUCUUAUGGGAUACAGCACAAAAAAAUUUUUCAAAGAAAUUUCAUUAAAACGAAGAAAGACGGGACUAAUAAGGAACAAUAAGUUCGAGGUUUCUAUUCCGAAGGCCCGAAACUGUUUGGUACGAAUCGAGUAGUUGAUUGAGUAUGUGUUCAUUUAUUAGUUUUUACGGAUUGCAGGGUACGACAGCGAGCACAGACAGAUGAGCCACGGAGUGGUGAGCUACGAAUGGAUCGGCGAGCCUCAUCCGAUUGACGUCACCGCAGCUCCCGAACCUCUUGGCACUUUUCCCAAGGUUUGACCGUCCUUGAAUGAGAUAUCCUCCCUUUUCUGCAGAAAUCCGACAAAGAUGAGAAAGGGAUGCACGAAUUGCCGGUCUUGAGUUGGGAAAUGUUGGAUUUCGACACGGCAGUCUCUUUGUUGCUGUCUUUCGACGAGAAAUUGACGACGUCAGUUUCACGUUUUAUCAAUGCUUUUUUUUAAAUUCUGAAACACAUGUAUAGUUUUUUGUAGCGGAUGAAUUACUUCAUUAUUUUAACCAAAGCUAAAGAAAAUUUUUUUGAAUUUCUAAAGUUUAAAGUUUGAACUUCUCAUGCCAACUUUGUGUGGCGCUGCAAUUCCAAGUUCGCCGCAGUUUCAAAAACUUCUUAAGAUGCCAAGUUUUCUCAAAAACCAGGUGAAAUUUUAGAAAAGAGAAAAAAAUGCCGUAUUUUUCCCUGACGCUCUCUCUUCUCUCACCUCGACCAAAGCCCCGCCUCCAAGGGCGCUCUCCCCCUCAUCUCUCUUUUUUCCUUGUCCUCGGACUCUUUGCCGCCUGGGGGCUUUCCUAUCGAUUGCCGCCGACGUUUUUUUUUCUUUUCGUCGUGUUGAACGGACUUUCACUUGGAUGGUUCUGUUCUUACUUUCAGAAAAAAAUUUUUUUCUUAUAAAUUUUUUUCGCUUUUUUUCUUUCUAAAAAAACUCAAUGAUCUCGUAGACACCUUUCUUCUCAAAAAUAAAAGAAAAUUACGCCAUUUUGUCUGCAAAGUAUGCAUGACGUCAUAAAUUUUUUUUUUGAAAAUUAAAGCAGUCUUUUCUUCUAUUUCAAAACGUUGGUUUUUUUUUUGAGUUUCACACGAUCAAUCGUGUUCAGUACAAUGAAUAUAAUCAUCGAAGUCAAAGAAAAAAAAAACACUAAUUUUAUAUAAAUUUUUUUUUCGUAGGUCUAAGGCAAGUGUGUAACUUUUUGACCCAACUUUUCGUAGUUUUGAGGCUAAUGAAUCAGCUUUUCACAAUGAUACUCUAUUUUUUCGAAAUUCAGUUUCUGGGCUAGUAAUCUCCUUUCAUAAAGCUCAUGAUCACUCAACAGUUCUACGAAAAGAUUUUUUUUCCCCAAAUUCGGUCUGUUUUGAAAAUAAAGUUUCCAAGAGACUUCGUUGUUGAAAAUUUCGAAAUAUGAUAUUUUCAUUCUGAAUUGUGAUCUCAAUUUUUUCUUUUCUAACAUCUGCAGUUGUUCAAAGUUACCUCGCUUCGAGUGCGUUUUCGAUCGCUGUGUUAUAUUUGUGACUUUUUCUUUCUAUUUCUCUUGCGAAAAGUUUCGCAAACGAUUUUCGGGGCGUUUUCUUUCCAGAAAGUUAUUUGAGUGGGGUUUUCGUUUUGAUAAAACUGGUUUUCGGAAAUCAAAUGCCCUGAAAAGGCUGAGAUUUUUUUUUCGGUUAGUGAGUUUUUUUGAAAGUGAAGAAAAUUUAGAAGGUUCUAUUUGCGCCCAAUUUCCACAGUUAAAAAGCUUUGAAAUGUUCAAAGUUAACCGUUUUAGGCGAAAUCAAAAGAAGUUACCCUGUAGAUAAAAAUUUUCACGCUAUAGAUUGGAAGAAGUCGAUAAAUGAGUUAGAAUUAUAUAUAGUGAAAUAGGCAACCUUCAUUGGAAACCGCCUUGUGGAUGCUGCUGUAAGGACGUCAUUUCUUUGAAAUCCCUGCUCGCAAUUUAUCUAUCGUAGCCGAUCAAAGACCCCUUCUCAUUACUGUUUACGUCAUACAUACACAUUUGUAAACCGAUUCUAAUAACGAGCGAAAUUUGCAAGACACCAACUGGUCCGAAAUAGAUUAGACAAGUGGAGUGUCACGUGAACACGAGAAACAGCCAAGGCCAAUCGAAACAACAACCAAAUUCUCAACUUUUACUUCGCCAUUUCGUUUUAAAUUGACAGAAAAACGACCACUUCGUGAAAAAUUCUCUAACUUUGUUUAAUUUUGGAAAUUACUCUAAAUUUUUUCAGUUUCACAAAUCAAUCUUUUAAAAAUUAUUUUGCGAAGCCACCGUUUUUUUCUUGAAAAAAAGUGUCCCAUUUCAGGUACGGAAGAGAAGUUCCACAAGGAGUUAGAGAGGCUGUGAGCUUCGCCUUGGACUUGAGCGAAUGCGGCGGCGAACGGGCGCUUCAAGUCGACGGAAAUUUCUGGCAAAGGCCCUCCGGAGCCAACCGGUCCGUCGAGCUUCUCUCAUCUCUCUCUCUCUCUUUCUUUCUCUGUCUCUAUGAUUUUUAGAGGCUCUCUUGGCUUUUCUUUGAUUGGAAGGCGGAAAUCAUAGAUUGUUUGUUUUGCCGAUUAAUCUGUUUCGGUUAGUUUUGAAGCUUCUGACAAGUGGGCUCCGGAAUAAAAAAGAAGUGGUUUGGUGUUUUAAUGGAUACCUAAUUUGACAUUUUCCGAAAAGAAAGUCAAUUUUUUAAGUUAAUUUAGAGAUUGUGUUGUUCAGGACUAUAAGUGAUAAGUAAAACACAAAAAAACAAAACAGCUCUUGGUUGAUCAAAAAAAUUUUUAGAAGUUUGUGAAAAUGAUUUUUUUGCAUCGUUUAAACUCAUUCGGAAGUAUUAGAAAAAAAAAAUUUGCUAUAAAAAAAACUUCCUUAUUGAUUUCUGUGGCUCGACCUACGUAAAACAUAAUUGAACCCAUCAUAGAUUAAGCGUCAAUGUUUAUCAGACGGUAUUGAGACGUUUGCGUUCGCCCUUUGCCAUUUAUCAACACCCCAAGAUUAGUUUAUCUUUCUUAUCAAUCAGUUUUUCGAUUUCGUUGAAAAGCAGUUCACAAAUAUGAGGAAAGCUUUAUUUGGCAUCCAUAUUUCAUGUUUAAAAAAAGCUGUCAGACAAUUUUUAUGAAUUUUAACUAAUUUCCUGGACUGUAGUUAUUUCAUUAAGUUCACCGUUUUCAAUAUCUGACAUUUUAUCAUAAAAAAUUAUUUUUCUUAUCCGUCCAAGUUGUUCUUCUGAAUUGUUCAAUCAAUUCUUGUUUCUCUUCCUGAUUCUGCAACGUCUUUUUUUAAAGGUACUACUGGCUGGCAGGACAAGGCAAAAAACGGAGACUUCGUCGUGCCACGACCGAAGACUUUGAUGUGCAGGUUGGUGGAAAUGCGGAGGUCCGCCCGUUUUUGUGUGGAAGGGUGCGCGCCAACUGUUUGUCAGCCGGGUGUUCGUUUGUCAGCUGCUGGAUUUCUGUUGGUCAUGUGAAAUCGCGGCUUUUCUCCUUCCUUUUUUUUCCAAGUUUCCAUUCAAGUUUUCCUCGAUGCAAAAUCUUUCUGAUGAAGAAAUAACAUUAGUUCCACACUUUUUGAAGACAUUGUAGGAUGAUUUCGAAAUAAACUUGGUCAUCGGAUUUUUGAUCGUCUUCAGAAAUAGUAUUCACAGGAUCGGUGAUAUUCAUGACAGUUUGUGAAAAAAAAUUGAAAAGAUUUUAUUGAUAAUGGGACAACUUGAGAAUCACAACCGGCCGUGAAUCAACUAUUAUCCUUUUUUCAUUUUUUUUUUCUCGCGCUUUUUAAGUUUGGUUACUCGGACAAAAAAAAAGUUUCGCACAGAACGUUUAGGAUCCACAAAUAGCUUUUCUGAGUUAUUUUUUAAAAUUCUUUUUUUUUCCAAGAUCUUUUUCUUGUUUUAUCUUGAUUAUAAUCUGAAUCUGUUUGCCUUUCUCGUUUAUUUUUAGCUUUAAGCUUACUUUCUCAUGAAUAAACAGCAUAAAAUUGCCUUGCAGCGGUCGUAUUGGCCGUUUGAAAAGGUUGGGAAAGUAGACUUUUUUCAGCUUUAAAUAUCUCUUACAUUUUUUUUAUAUUUCUAAACCCAUCAAUAUUUAGAAUCGACAAUUCAUCCUCCAGAAACUGGUUAUUCCCUUGAUUCUUAUCGAAAUAACUCAAAGAACACCUGUACAUAUCGUUUGACGAUCGACCUGAAAAAAUAGGGGUUGUUGAUCAGUGGAAAAGAUGAAAUCAUUUGUUUUUUUUUUAUUUUGCGCCAUAUUUUAAUGUGGACUGAUUUCUUUUUCCAAUGGGGAAGAAUAUUGCGGUUGCGUGUAUAUGAAAGAAAGACAUCUCCUUUUAUGAAAGUUUGUUGAGAACUGAAAUGAACGAGUUUGAAAUAAAUCUCUUCCCUGUUUUCAUUUCAUUCAAGGUUCUAACCUGACUCGAAAUUUCAAGGCUCUUGAAAUUUUCGUUUUUUAUGAGGAACGUUUUUGGGUUUUUUCCUGAUACGAAGUUUCCAAAUUUGAAGAAAAGUGCAUUUGUUUUUGGACUUUUCCAAAAGUAACGUUGUUUUAGCAAGUUUUUUCUCUCCUCAAAAUCUCAAACAAUCAAAAACUCGUAAAGUUCGUGAAUAUCCAUUUUUCAGGUGACAUGUCGCCGAUACAUGGGCCAACAAGAAACUGUUUCGCAAGAACUCAUUAGAAAAAUCUACGUGGUGAGGUAUUCUGAGCACACGAGCCAUCACUUGCCUUUGCCGAAUGAACACUUGAUUCUCCUUACCUACGGUUUUCGACGUCCCACGGUCACUGUUCUGCUGGUGGGUUCAUUUUUCGAAUAGGUGAUGAUUCAAAAGACCAUUUACCUGCUCCAAAUAACAGAAAAAACGCUAAAAGUAGGAUACUGUAGCCUGCGAUCGGUAGACUGUGUUUGCAGACGAAACAUUUUAUUCGACGUCAGUUACCGAAAUUUUGAAAGUUAAAAAAGUUGUUUCUUUAAGUUUUUAUCUAACUUUCAAGUUUUUCAAAAGCCUUUUUGUCUUAAGAAAUAGCUUUUUUGAAGUCUCAAUUCUAGUUUUUCAGCAAAGUGAGAAAUUGGUUUUGCCGAUUCCCACUGGUGGCGUACGACUUAUUGAACAAGAACCUCCGGCCAUGUUAGUUUUCGAAUUUUUAAGAUUUAAUUAUGAGUGGAUUUUCAGAGGAGUAGGCUAUGAGGAUCAAGAGGAAGAAAAUUGUGAGUUUUUUCGAUACGAAGCUUUCAGAAAACAUUCAAAAAGGAAUCAGAAUGACUUUUUUUCGGAAAUUUAUCCUUGUGUUUCAGCAAAAGAGAUCAAAGACUUGAAAAAGAGGAUUUCCGUGAUGAAGUUGGAAAACUACGAUCGGAUAGAGUAUUUGGUUGAAAGAGCCCAGGAAGUGAUAAAGAAGUUGAAAGAGGUGAUUUUACUCAUUUAUCUGGUUUUACUUCAUCCCUUAUCCAGGAAAAUACGCCUAAAUCGUUACAAAAAGUGGGCGAACUCGAGCAGGGAAUCCUCAUCGGCCAAUCCCUGCGAUCAGCCAUUUCCACUUUUGAUUAA